AUGACAUUAGAGAAAAGUUUAGAUCAAGAAAAAAACAAAACAGAAAUAGAAAAUACUGGAAGUAAGAGUAUACCUAAUGAUAGUAAUGAAGGUGCGAAUAAUAAAGUAGAUAAGAAUGAUGGAAAUGAAAAUGUAAUGAAAAAAAAUGAGGGCGAUAAAAAUAAGGUAUAUAAUGGUACGGCUGAUAAUAAUAAAGUAGAUAAUAACAAAGUAGAUAAUAACAAAGUAGAUAAUAAUAAAGGAGAUAAUAACAAAGUAGAUAAUAAUAAAGGAGAUAAUAAUAAAGUAAAUAAUAAUAAAGGAGAUAAUAACAAAGUAGAUAAUAACAAAGUAGAUAAUAACAAAGUAGAUAAUAACAAAGUAGAUAAUAACAAAGUAGAUAAUAAUAAAGGAGAUAAUAACAAAGUAGAUAAUAAUAAAGGAGAUAAUAACAAAGUAGAUAAUAACAAAGUAAAUAAUAACAAAGUAAAUAAUAACAAGUUAGUUAAUAAUAAGGUUUUUAAUAAUAAGUUUAAUAAUAAUAAUAUAAAGAAUAAUAGAGAUAACAAUAAACAUACAAAAAAUAAUCGUGCGGAUUAUCACAAAGUUGAAAAUACACAAAUACAUAUAUCAAAUAAAUUCCAAGGAAAUGGAAAAGGUUAUAAUAUGAAUUAUAUAAACAAGAAAGAUGCAAAUCAUGAAAAAGGAUAUAAAAAUAAUUAUGAGAAUAAUAGGAGUUUAUCUUAUUUUUAUUCCAAAAAAAACUACAAUGAGCAUUUUAUGCCUGUGAAUAAUGUACCUUUUAAAAAGAGAGGUAGCGACCUAUAUAAUAACUCUAAAAAGGAAAGUGCAAAUGAUUACACAAAUGAUAACCAAAUGAAUAAUAAUACAAAAAAUAACAACCAAUUAAAUAAUAACAUCAAAAAUAAUAACAAAUUAAAUAAUACCACAAAAAAUAACAACCAAUCAAAUAAUAACACAAAAAAUAAUACCACAAAAAAUAACAAUCAAAUUAAUAAAAAUUACAAUAAGAAUACCAAAUUAAAUGAACAAGUAGAACAAAGAGAAAAAAAUGCUAAUUUAUCUUUAAAAAAUAAUGAAGAAAAACAAGUAGAAAAUGUGAAAAAUAUAAAUAAGAAUAAUUAUUCGGGUUCUAAAAACGCAUGGAUUAAAAAUGAAGGUACCAAUAAUAUGAAUAGAACAUGUAAGAGUGGUAUUCAUAAUGGUAAUAAGAACAAUAAUAACAACAUUAAUAUCACUAAUAAGGAUGAUAAUAAUAAUAAUAAUAAUAAUAAUAAUAAUAAUAAUGAUAAUAAUAAUAAUAAUAAUAAUAAUAAUAAUAAUAGCGAAAAUGUAAAUAAGAAGAAAAAUAAAAAGAAAAAUAAAAAAAAAACAAACCAAGUUAGUACAAAUGCUUGGACAAAUGACAAAAAUAGUAAUUUAGAACAUAUCAUUAGGAAUAAUCAAAAGAAAGGCACUAACCCUAAUACAGAGAAUGAUCAUCAUAAUGAAAAUGCAAGUAUCACUACGGCCAUUAGUAUUAAUUCGAAUGUAACUGAUACACAAACAAAAAAACAUAUGAAUUAUGGAUCUACUAAUCAAAAAGAACAAAAAAAAAGAGUACAAGCAAACUCAAAAGUUAGUACUAAUAUGAAGGAAGAUAACAAGGCAAAUAUAGAAAUAACCAAUUUUAAUAAUGCAAAUAAAAGUUAUUCUACAAAUAACAACCCAUCCCCAAAUGACAACUUAAAUAAAGGUAAUGUGAAAAAUAAAAAAAAAAGUAAAAAAAAUAAGAACAACAAUAAUGAUAGUAAUAACAAUAAUGAUAAUAAUAAUAAUAAUAUUAUGAAUGAAAAUAAGAAAGAUAUAAAUGACAACAAAAUUAUUAAUAAUAAUAAUAAUAAUAAUAAUAAUAAUCUUAAUGCCACAAAGAAAAAUAACACCAUUAAUAUUAAUAAUACUAUUAUUGAUAAGAAUAAUAAUAUAGAAAACAAUUUUGCAUUUGUCAAUAAUUUAAACGAGAAUUUGGAACACAAUUCUAUGAAACUCAUAGGUAAUAAUUAUCCCAUGAAUUUCGAAAAUAACGAAAUAAAAAAAAAAAACAUUACAGCAUCAAAAAAUGUUCCCAAUAAAUAUAAUUAUGAUAUGAUCAACCAAGGAAAUUUAAAUUACAUGUACAAUCCAUUAAAUUAUUAUAAUAUGAACAAAUAUUAUGAUAUGCCAUUUAUCGAUAAUAUUGCAAAUAAUUUAAAUCCCAUGUAUUUUGACAAUGAUAUGCAAAGAAAUCAUAUGAUGGAAAAUAUCAUCAACUAUCAAGGCAUGUAUAAUAUGAAUAAUAUUUAUAAUACAAAUAAUAAUAUGGAACAAAAUACCAAUAAUAAUAAUAUGUAUAACCAUAAUUCAUAUGCCAAUUAUAAACACGAACACUUAUCAUUGAAUGUCUACGAAGGACCAUUAGAGAAAAAUAACGAAUGGGGAAAAAAGAAAAUGAAUAAAAAAAACAACCAAAGUGGUAUGAACCAACAGAAUGUUAUGAACCAACAAAAAGUUAUGAACCAACCAAAUGCUAUGAACUUCCCCAAUAAUAUGAACCACCCCAAUAAUAUGAACCACCCCAAUAAUAUGAACCACCCCAAUAAUAUGAACCACCCCAAUAAUAUGAACCACCCCAAUAAUAUGAACCACCCCAAUAAUAUGAACCACCCCAAUAAUAUGAAUCACCUCAAUAAUAUGAACCACCCCAAUAAUAUAAAUCAGCCAAAUUUAAUAAAUUAUCAAUACCCCAUGAAUCAUGUACAGCACAUCAAUCAUCCUGAUAAUAGAAACAAAAUGAAUAAUCCUAAUAUUCCUAAUUACCCAAAUGUCAACGUUUCUGCUCCUGAAACAAAACAAGACACCAAAAUAAUUCCUAAUAAAGAAAAGAAAAAAAUUAUAAAUAAUGAAGGAACAGUACUUCAACCCUUAAAAAAUAAUGUAGAGCAUAAUAAGGCGAAUAAUUUAUUAACUUCUAAAAAGCACAACACGAAUGUAAAUAAUAAGAAAAAAUCUAAGAAUGUUCAACAAGAAACCCCCAUAAAGCAUCUUCCGAAUGAGGAAGAAAAUAUGAAACAAGGAAAAACAAAAAACAGCAACAACAAAAACAACAACAACAAAAACAACAAAAACAAAAACAACAACAACAAUAAUAAUAAUAAUAAUUUGGAGAGUAUCACGAAAAACAAAAAUAAUUCACAAUACAUUUCAACAAAUGUAGAAAAUGAAAAUUUAAAUAAAAAUGAACAAAAGGGAAAAAUGAACAAAAUGAAAACAAAGACACAACGUUUUAAUAAAGAAGAACAAAAUGAAACGAACAAUUUUACAAAUAAUAAUAAAAAAGGAUCUAAUCGUUAUCAACAAAAUAAAAAAGGACAAUUUAAAAAUUCUAAUAUGAACUACAAUUCAUGGAUAAAUAAUCAGCAAGGAAAUGAUCAACAACAUUUGAAUACAAAUGUAGAUAAGGAUAAAAAUAAAGAUUUUGAAGUGAAUCAUGAAAUUCAUAAGUUUAUUGAUUAUUGUUUAAAAAAUUAUGGAAAUAGAAAUAUAAUGGAUGUCUUAAAUGAAUUCUCAUCAUCAAAUGGAAUGAAUGAAAAUUUUGAUGAAUUGAAAAAUAUAUUUCAAAUACAAUUAAAUGAAGAAAAUUUUAAUGCCCUUGCAGCAUUAGAAAAUGAAGCUCAAACAAAUAAAUUUCAUUUUAUAAAUGAAAAGAAUAUGAAUGAAACCAUAGAAAAGGGUAUUGAGGAAAUUUUUGAAGAUACAAAUAAGGAUAUAAUUGAGGAAUAUGAUAAAUUUAAAAAAAUGUUGAGUGAAAGCAUGGAUGAAAGUUCAAUGAGAAAAAUACAAAUAGAAAAUAAAGAAAUAAGUGACAAUAAAGAAAUAAGUGACAAUAAAGAAAUAAGUGAUAAUAAAGAAAUAAGUGAUAAUAAAAAAAUAAGUGAUAAUAAAGAAAUAAACGAUAAUAAAGAAAUAAACGAUAAUGAAAAAAUAAACGAUAAUAAAAAAAUAAACGAUAAUAAAGACAACAAUGAAAAGAUUGAAGAAAAGAAAGAACUUGUUGAAAACAAUACAAAAAAUAUGUUUGAAGAAAAUAACAAAAUUAAUAUAACCAUACCCCCAGGUUUAAGUUUACCAGAUAUUAACAGAGCUUUAUUGCAUAGUGCUUAUUUAGAUAAUAUAACAGUAGUAAAAAAGUGUCUUGAAAAAAAAGCAGAUAUUAAUUAUUUAGACAAAAUUGGAAGAAGUGCUUUACAUUAUGCAUGUGCAGGUGGAUAUUUUGAUAUUUGUGAAUUGUUAAUAAAAAAUGGUGCAAAAGUAAAUGUAUCUGACUACAAAAAUUGGACACCUUUACAUAUUGCAAUUACAAAGAUGCAUAAAGAUAUAACUGAAUUGUUAUUAAAAAAUGAUGCAAAUAUACAUGCUUUAUUACCACAUUCUUUAUCACCUAAUAGAGGAAAAACAACCGCUAGUAUGGGUAUCCAUUUUGCUGCUAUUAAAGGUAAUAAAGAAAUAACCAAAUUAUUAUUACAAUAUGGAGCUAAAAUUGAUGACACAGAUUUAUCUAAUAGAAGUGCUCUUCAUUAUGCUGUAUAUCGAAACAAUUGUGAUUAUGUGAAAUUUUUAAUAUAUGAAGAAAAGGCAAAUGUGAACAUAUUAGAUAUACACAAUAGAUUACCUAUUCAUUCAGCUUGUUUAGGAGGAGUAUUAGAAAAUGUAAAAAUAUUAGUGGAAAAUAAAAGUUAUGUUCACAAAAAAGAUAUAUAUAAUAUGAGUCCAUUAGAUAUAGUACAAAUUAAAAAAUUUAAAGAUAUCAAAAAUUAUUUAACCAAAUGUAUGAAUCAAAACUUUUCACCCAUUUCAAGUGAUCAUUUAAAAAAAAAUGAUGAAGAGAAAGAAAAUGAAAUAAAAAAUAUUGACGAUUUUUCAAAUGAAAAGAAUGAAGGGGAACAAAAAAAAAAAAAUAUGAAAAAUUAUGAAAAUAUCAAAAAAGAAAAUAAAGAUAUUAUGUUAAAUAUGGAUAAACAAAAAACCAAUGAUCUUGAAAUGUUUAAUGAUAAAUUUGAAUUAAAUGAUGAGGCUAAAACAAUGGAUCCUAAAGAAUUUUAUAAUGACAAUCAAAUGAUUAAAGAUAUGUUAACCACAACUAUUAGUACAGUUUUGAAUGAACGAAAUAAAAAUCAAAUAAAACGAGUAGUAGAUGCAUUAGGUGUAUAUAUAUCCUUAAGUUUAUUGGAAAAAACUAUUUUGAUUCAAAAUUAUGGAGGUAUUGAUAUGGUUAACCAAAAAGGUAAAAGAAGUACGGGAGGUGUUUUCUUCUAUUUAAUAAAAUAUAUGUACAAAAAUGAUAUUAUAUCUAAAUUUAAAUAUGAUUACAUUAUCGAGGAAGAAAAGGAAAAAAAAAAAACAUACAGGAAAUUGAAAAAGAAAUUAUUACAAGAUGAAGAAAAUUUUAAAAAUAAUGAAACCUUUGUUACCAAGAAAAAUGAGGAAAAUGGGUGUAUAGAAGACAAAUGUGUUGAUGAUGAUAAGGAAGUAAAAGGAAAUAAUGUUGGAACACAUACUACUUUAUUGAGAAAGGGAAAAAAAAAUUUUAAAUUUAUAGAUGAAACGAAAAAUAAGAACAAGUAUAGCAACAACAAUAAUAAUAAUGAAAAUAAAAAUAAUGAAAAUAAAAAUAAUGAAAAUAAUAAUAAUAAUAAAAAUAAUAAUAAUGAAAAUAAAAAAAAUAAUAAUAAAAAAAAUAAUAACAAUAAUAACAAUAAUAAUAACAAUAAUAACAAUAAAAACAAUAAUAUUAACAACAACAACAAUAAUAAUAAUAAUCCCCAGGUGCAUAAUAAAAAAAAUGAAAAAAAAUCAGGAUGCAAUAUCAAAACAAAAGAACAAAAUAAUAAUAAGAACACUAAUAAUAUGAAAAAACAAAACUUGAAAAAUGAAAUUCGAAAUAAUUAUCAAAUGAUAAUAGAGGAUGAAAAAAAAAACUUUAUAAAAAAUGAUAACAAAGUAUUAAAUUAUGAUAAAAAUCUUUUACAAAACAAUAAUUGUAAUAUGAAUAUAAGAAAUUAUAAUAAUUCUUCUCAAAAUUAUAAUAAUGAAUAUUAUAAUGCCAGUAUGGCAAAUAAUAAUAAUUAUUAUUAUAAUAGUAACCAAUAUAAUGAACAUAAUUAUAACCAUAACAACAAUUAUAAUGAUAAUAAUUUUAAUAACAAUAACUACAAUCUUAAUAAUUUUAAUAAUAAUUAUAAUGAAUUUAUAUCACAAAAUCCAGGAAAUGCACAUAUGUUUAAUGGCCAAAAUAAUUACAUUCCAAUUGAACAAUUAGCAGUAAAUAUACCAACGGAUGAUAAAAGUGUGAAAAAAAAAAAUAAAAAGAAAAAAAAUAAUAAAAAUAGUACCCAAAUCAUUAUAGAAAAUAAUAAAAAUAAUGAUACUACUUAUAUUUCCAAAGAUAAUGUUGAACCUUCAUUUGUAAAUAGAAUGCAAGAUUCUUAUGGAAACUUUCACAAUGUGCAUGAUAUAGCACAACAGAAGAAACAUUUUUAUCAAAUGAAUACUGCUCCUACAACUAAUAGUAAUAAUACUAAUAAUAAUAUAAAUGGACUUGAAAAUUUUAAAUUAAAUAAUAACUAUAACAAAGAAAUGAUGAAUUAUCAGAAUAAUGUUAUGUCAUCUUAUUUAAAUAAUACAAGAAAUAAUGCAUAUGAUUAUAUGUUACGCUCAAAAAACAAUUUUCCGAAUUAUAUGAAUAAUCCAAAUAUGUCCAUGUUAAAUGAUUUAAAUAAAUAUUAUGGAAAUAAUAACCAAAAGUUCCCUUUAAAUAAUAUGGAAUAUAUGUAUUAUAACAAUUAUAGUAAAUUGUGA